GAGCGCACGUGGGCGCCGAGCGCGGGGCCGCGCGCCCACCAUGAACUCCAGCGGCCCGGGUUACCCGCUCGCUUCGCUCUACGCGGGCGACCUGCACCCCGACGUGACUGAGGCCAUGCUCUACGAGAAGUUCUCGCCCGCUGGCCCCAUCCUGUCCAUCCGCGUGUGCCGCGACGUGGCCACCCGCCGCUCGCUGGGCUACGCCUACAUCAACUUCCAGCAGCCGGCCGACGCGGAGCGGGCACUGGACACAAUGAACUUUGAGGUGAUCAAAGGCCAGCCCAUCCGCAUCAUGUGGUCCCAACGAGACCCAGGACUUCGCAAGUCGGGUGUCGGCAACAUCUUCAUCAAGAACCUGGAAGACUCCAUUGACAACAAGGCCUUGUACGACACCUUCUCCACCUUUGGGAACAUCCUCUCUUGCAAGGUGGUGUGUGAUGAUCAUGGCUCCCGAGGCUUUGGCUUUGUGCAUUUUGAGACCCACGAGGCUGCACAGAACGCCAUCAGCACCAUGAACGGGAUGCUCCUGAAUGACCGCAAAGUCUUCGUUGGCCACUUCAAGCCCCGACGGGAGCGGGAUGCAGAGCUGGGAGCUCGGGCCAUGGAGUUCACCAACAUCUACGUGAAGAACCUCCACGUGGACGUGGAUGAGCAGUGCCUGCAGGACCUCUUCUCCCAGUUUGGGAAGAUACUGAGUGUCAAGGUGAUGAGGGAUGACGGCGGCCACUCCCGCGGCUUUGGCUUUGUCAACUUUGAGACGCAUGAGGAAGCCCAGAAGGCUGUGAUGGACAUGAACGGGAGGGAGGUGAGUGGACGGCUGCUCUACGUAGGCCGGGCCCAGAAGCGGGUGGAGCGGCAGAAUGAGCUGAAGCGCAGGUUCGAGCAGAUGAAGCAGGACCGGCUGACCCGUUACCAGGGCGUGAACCUGUAUGUGAAGAACUUGGAUGACUCCAUCGAUGAUGAGAAACUGAGGAAAGAGUUCUCUCCCUAUGGAGUGAUCACCAGUGCCAAGGUGAUGACAGAGGGUGGCCACAGCAAAGGGUUUGGCUUUGUGUGUUUUUCCUCUCCAGAAGAGGCGACGAAGGCCGUGACAGAGAUGAACGGGCGCAUCGUGGGGACCAAGCCACUGUACGUGGCACUGGCCCAGCGCAAGGAGGAGCGGAAGGCCAUCCUGACCAACCAGUACAUGCAGCGCCUCUCCACCAUGCGGGCCCUGGGCAGCCCCCUCCUGGGCUCCUUCCAGCAGCCUGCCAGCUACUUCCUGCCCGCUACACCCCAGGUGACCUCUUGUCCGCAUCCCUUCCCUGACAGCCAGGUGGGGCAGGAAGAUCAGAGCUUCACAGGCAGACAGAGAUUCCCAACAUGCUUCAGCUGGAAAUUCACUCGGCAGGCGGCCGUUGUCACCCCAUCUCUAACAGGGCCUCCAGCCCAGGCCCCAUACUAUGGCUCUGGCCCACCUGUCCAGCCUGCCUCCAGGUGGACGGCCCAGCUACCCAGACCCUCGUCCGCCUACCCGCCUGCGGCCUCGGUUGUCCAGCCAGCAGCCGUGUCUCGGCGCCCCUCGUUCCCCAUCGGCAGUGCCAGGCAGAUCUCCACCCACGUGCCGCGCCUGGUGCCCCACGCCCAGGGAGUGGCCAACAUCGGUACCCAGACCACAGGACCCGGCAUGGCAGGAUGCUCUUCACCAAGGGGGCCUCUCCUGACACACAGGUGUUCCUUGGCAACACACAACACCCACCGGGUCCAGGAGCCUGCUGUGCGUGUCCCCGGACAGAAGCCCCUGACUGCAUCCAUGCUGGCCGCAGCGCCGCUGCACGAGCAGAAGCAGAUGAUCGGUGAGCGUCUCUACCCCCUCAUCUACAAUGUCCAUACCCAGCUGGCUGGCAAGAUCACGGGCAUGCUGCUGGAGAUCGACAACUCGGAGCUGCUGCUCCUGCUGGAGUCCCCAGAGUCCCUCAGCGCCAAGGUCGAAGAGGCUCUGGCGGUGUUGCAGGACCACCAGGCCACGGAGCAGACCUGAGUGCACGUGCGCCGGGACCAGAAAAUGGACUCCUUACUCCCUUGGCUGACAAGAGAACCGCGUUUCCUGCUCUUGGCUCUAAGGCCCUGUGAACCGUAACUUCCCAACUGGGCUGUAUCUGCACUUGAGCUUUUUGUGGAAUGAAGGCUGGUCACCCAGCCAGCCUCUUACCUGUUGCUUUGUGCAUUAAAAGUGCUGCA